CGGUGAACUGCAAACUGCAAACGCACGUGUUGUUUAUCUUAUAAAUAAACUAGAAAACUACAAAAUGAAGGUUCUUUCUGAAGAAAGAACUAGAAUAUUAUUUGAGAAGCUUACUAAAUAUAUUGGCGUGAAUGUUAAGCUGCUAAUAGACAGACCAGAUGGAACAUACUGUUUUAGAGAGAAGAAAGACCGUGUGUAUUAUAUAUCUGAACGUUUACUUGCGUUAGCACAAACUGUGAAACCAGAACAUCUAGUAUCGGCAGGAACAUGCUUCGGAAAGUUCACAAAGACAAACAAAUUCAGACUUCAUAUAACAGCACUGACAUAUAUAGCACCAUAUGCACCAUUUAAGAUUUGGGUAAAGCCGUCUUCUGAACAACAGUUUUUGUAUGGACAUCAUGUUAUAAAGAGUGGUCUAGGACGUAUAACGGAGAAUACACCUAAACACCAGGGUGUAGUAAUAAUGACAAUGGCCGACAUCCCAAUUGGAUUCGGCGUCGCGGCCCGGACCACCGCGGAAUGUCGCCACGCGGAUCCGUUAGCUACCAUAGCGUUUCACCAAGCCGACAUCGGGGAGUAUAUCCGGUCUGAAGAUACUUUGACGUAAUAAAUAUCUGUUUAUUAUACAAUUUUUUAGUUUUAUUUUUCAUUUCACAUAGGUAACAGUCUGGAAAUAAGCGUUUAUAUGAAAUGUCAAAGAAACCAACCAAUCAGGAGGUGUUAUUUGUCUUUAGUCUUCUUUUA